CUUUUACGUCAUACAUAAAAGUUUUACGUCUCACGUAAAUUAACGUCAUGCUUAAUGUAAAUCACAUUAAAUGACAUAGUGUUUGUUGAAUAGUAAUUUGCAAUGAACUCUAUUAUUACUAAACAUCACACAUGGUAGGUCUCAAUUAUCUUAUCAACAAUGGAUUAAUUAUCCAUAUCAACUCAUGAAAAAUAUGGUGUGACAAUGGAACAUGAAGUGUUCCUCAUCAUAUCUGCCAUCAAUGUACGAGAAGGAGUGGCCCAAUAAUUAGCCACGUUAAAGAGAAGAUGAAGGCAAUUAAAUUAUUACAUGGGCCAAUGGUGGAUGAUCUUUCUAUUCCAUUUAAAUUCACAGCUAGCAUGUUAUGUGUUCUGUAUUAAUAAUAAGAAAGAGAGUUGUCAUGCAUUUAGUGUAGGUGGGUCUUUGCAUUACUUUGUAUUUGUCCAACUUCCCAUUGCAUUGUUAUAUAUAUGCAUGGGCAUGAUAUGGAAGCAGUUAGGGAGAGUCAGAAGUAUAAAAAAAAAAAAGCAAAGAAAGCUUCUGCGUGUAUGUUUGUAAAAAGCAAGUGCCAACAAUAAGGCCUUGUUUGGUUAAGUCCAUCUUCUAAAUGAGUGAUUAAACACCAUAUGUUUCCUUUGUGUUGAUCCUAAUUUCUACUACAAUUCUGCUAAUACCCAACAAAUUUGGUAUCGGAGCUUAAUACCCUUCUAUCCUCUUAAAUCCCCAUUUUUCCAGCCUACCCAAAUCUACUAAAAAACUCAUGGAAACAACUUCAUCACAUACCAUGUUUGCUACCUCUUCAAAUCAAAUUUCCAUUUUCGAUGGUGUAUUGUACGAGUACUGGAGUUCCCAAUUGGAGCCAAUUUUCAUCUCUUAAGAUCUGUGGGAUAUAGUCCAAGAUGGCUAUGAAAGUCCACAAAAAGAUGAUGAAGACUCGAAAAAACGACCAGGCAAGCAGACAAAGGAGUACAAGGAGAAUGCCAAGCAAAAUGCCAGCGCCUUGAGAAUCAUUCAGCAAGCAGUGAGCAAAUCAAUUUACCCGAGAAUCUAUGGCAUCAAAAAGGCCAAAGAAGCUUGAGAUGUCUUGCGUGAACAAUUUCAAGGUUCUGAAAAGGCAAUCUCUAUCAGGCGCCAAAGUUUAUGGCGACAGUUCGACAACUUGAUGAUGAAGGAAACCGACACCAUCAAAGAAUUCCAUUCGCGUGUGGCGGAGACAGUCAACCAGAUCAAAGCCACCGGUGAUAUCAUGGAAGAAAGAAAAAUUGUGGAGAUAAUUCUACGCAGUUUGUCAUCAAAGUUCGAGCAUAUUGUUGCUGUCAUUGAAGAAACCAAAGAUCUGGCAAAUCUACCAAUGAGCGAGUUGAUGGGCUCACUUUUAGCACAUGAGCAAAGAAUGAGCCGCUUCACCAAACCGCCAUUGGAGCAAGCUUUCUCGUCAAAAGUCAACAUGACGGAAAAUAAAUAUGCCAAAUCGGAGUAAGGCCGGAGAGGGGGAAACUCACAAGGAAGAGGAAGAGCAAGAUCCAAUUUCAGAGGAAACAAUAGACAAAAUUAUCAACAACAAAGAUUGGGCUACACCGGCUCGAGUUGCAUAAUUUGGAAAAAGCCGGGUCAUGCAACAAAAGACUGCAGAUUCAAGUGCACCAAGUUAAAAAAUCCAAAACACUCCCAGAGAGAUUGCUGGUUCCAGAACAAGCAAGAAGAAGGCGAGUCAAGCAGCACCAAAAAUGAAGAAAGCAAUAUGGUGGCCUUAUCAUGCUUGAAUGGUGAGCAAAAGUUACAGCUUCCCUGGAUGGUGGAUAGUGGUUGCAGUAACCAAAUGAUUGGAGAUCUGGAGUCCUUCACCGACAUCGAUGAGAAAUACCGCUCUCAAGUCAAAUUCGGAGACGGGAAGAAGCUAAAAGUGGAAGGAAAAGGCAAAGUUGUUGUAUGCACAGAAGAAGGCAACAAAACUCUCAUUCGAGAUGUUUUGCAUGUUCCGGAGCUAACUCUCAAUCUACUUAGCGUGGGACAACUGAUGCUGAAAAAUUACAAGCUAUUGUUUGAUAAUGGCGUAUGUGAGAUUAUCAACAAAGCAGACAAUUUCAUGGUGGCCAAAGUACCGAUGACUUCCAACUGAAUUUUCUCUCUUGCUAUGUCACAAAAUGGUGAAGUAGCAUUCAAGAGUGAAAAUCUGGAUCAAUCCUUCCUAUGGCAUCUCAGAUAUGGUCAUCUCAACUUCAAAGGUCUCAAAUUGUUGAGACAUAAAAAUAUGGUGGUGGGACUUCCCCAGAUCAACAGAGAAGACAAGAUCUGUGAAGGAUGCAUUUAUGGCAAAAUGCAUCGUUUACCAUUUCCAAAAACAUCUUGGAGAGCAAAAGCGCCACUUGAGUUGGUACAUGCAAACAUAUGCGGUCCAACCCGAACACAAUCACUCAGCGGCAAAAGAUACUUUCUACUAUUUGUAGAUGACUUCACCAGAAUGAUGUGGGUAUUCUUUCUGGAGCAAAAGUCAGAAGCUUUUCCCAAGUUCCUUCAAUUCCAAGCAGUAGCUGAGAAGGAAAGCGGUCAUCAAAUCAAAACUCUCCAAACAGACCGUGGAGUAGAAUUUAUUUAUACUCCGUUCAUGGAGUAUUGCCGCAACAACGGAAUCAAAAGGCAACUGACGGUUCGUUACACACAACAACAAAAUGGCGUGACAGAACGGAAAAACCACACAAUUGUGGAGAUGGCGAGAAGUAUGCUCAAAGCCAAAAAGCUUCCCAACAAUUUGUGGGCAGAAGCAGUCAAUUUACAUCCUCAACAUAUCACAACCAAAGCAGUUCGGAACAAGACACCGAUACAUGUGUGGCACCACCGGAGGCCACACGUGGAUCACCUCAAAGUCUUUGGGUGCAUAGCUUAUGCACAUAUCUCUACCCCAAACUGAGAUAAGUUUGACCAGAAGGGAGAAAAGCUGAUCUUCACCGGCUACAGUGAUGAGUCCAAAGGCUAUCGUCUUUAUAACCCAGUAAAGAACGAAGUGGUGGUUUCCAGAGAUGUGAUCUUUGAUGAGAUGGCAAAGUGGAAUUAGGAAAAUCCAAUUUUUCAAUCUCCACCAAGUUAUGAAAUUCUGGAGGACUCAGCAACUCCAAAAGACCACAGCAACGAACUAGACCCAGUUGCAAGUCCAGAAAGAAAUUAUGCACCUAGCCCAGAAGGAGACAACUUCAGAGACAUCAUAACAUACUCGGAUUCACCUCCGUUGAGAACAAGGUCUUUGCGAGAAAUUUAUUAAACAAGUCAUGUUGCAUAUUUUUCUUGUGAGCUUCAAGUCUUUGAAGAAUCAGCCAAAGAAGAAGUUUGGAACGAGACAAUGGAUGCAGAAAUUUCCAUGAUCGAGAAAAACAAGACAUGGGAGCUUGUUGAUCGACCGGAGGACAAGCCGGUUAUAGGUCUCAAAUGGAUCUAUAAGAUCAAAUUCAAUGAAGAUGGUUCUAACCAGAAGUACAAAGCUUGACUGGUGGCAAAAGGCUAUCCACAAUAGCCCGGUCUUGGUUUUCAUGAGACAUAUGCACCAAUAGCGAGGAUGGAGACCAUAAGAACAGUUCUCGCUCUAGCUGCUCAACUAGAGUUACCAGUAUACCAGCUAGAUGUCAAAUCAACAUUUCUGAAUGGA